AAUUUCUUUAUUAAUAAACUUUAUUCUCAUUAUUAGGUUUAAAUCUUGAAGUGAAAUUGAGAAUUCGUUUUGGUUACACAAUGAAUCCUGCCAACAUGUUCAAUUUCAAGGCAAAAGCUGCAAAAAUCACACAACACAGAGAAAUCUUGCAACAAAUUCAAGAUGUGGAAGCAAGCUUUGACGAACAAUUACCGUGCAAAAAACAAUACAAUGCAGCAUCGUCUGAGGUGAACCUCGCUAUGCAAAAUCAUCAUUGUAAUUGCAAGCCUCCCAGUGUCAAUUCCUUACUCCAAUGCCAAUAUGGGUGCUCAUGCCACCACUUUCGCAAAACUUGUGACAUCGAAUGCGCAUGCGAAGGAUUUUGCAUUCCCAACACAUUUCUCCAUUUGCCCCAACUUGAUGUUCGACUUGGAAUUGCGGGAGAUGAGCUGUACACGGAGGAAGACAUUGACAUUGGAUGCUUGGCUUAUGUUUUCACUGGGAAAAUGACCUCAUUGAAGCAUUAUCUCAAGAAAUCCAAGGAAAAACCUCCAAAUCUUUACGCGUUGAUUGAAAAGUGGGAGGGAGAAGCCACAAAAGGAAUUGGCAAGUUUGGAGUUCCAAGUUUUGUUGUUGAUACUUACAAAGAAGUUGCAGGCUUUGUGAACCAUGGUUGCAAUCCCAACACAGAAAUAUUUGAAAUAUGGCAAAAUGGAAAAAUCUACAUUGUUGGAAGGUCAAAAAAGAUAUGUUUCAAAGGAGACACCCUCACAUACGACUACAAUUGGACAUACACCGACGACGCAAAAUACGCCGAGUUAUGCUUGUGCGGAUCACCCACCUGUCGCACAUUCAUCGCGAAGAUCCCACCCACAGUCAUGCAGCGAAGCAUUCUGCAUUACCGGAGCCUGCUGGACGAAAUGGAAUCCCAUAACAGCACCGAAACCCAGAGGCUGGACUCCCUCCAGGAUGCGCUUCGACACGGCGCACCGCUCUCCGCACAGCAGAAGCAUGAAGUGCAGCACCUGCGACGCUGCACCGAGGAGCUGCGCCUCACCAAGCGCAAGGCCAUUUACAUGAAGAAAGGCCUCCUCAUGGCCCAGGCCAAGCUCGCUGACAUCAAUCACCAGCACCGCUACCUCCACUUGCUCGAAGCACGCUUAUCGAAUUUCCAGCCUCUUCCCAACGACGACGACGACCACGACGACGGUGACGGCGUCCAUUCGCCGCUCGGUGCGUCGUCGCCCUUGUCGGUCGCAAGCUCAGAUGGUGGGGUUGGGGCUGCGAUGGCGGUGUGCUUCCCAGGAGAGAGCUCGAGGAGCGGCGAUGGCGAUGAGGAUGCGGGUGUCGUCGUCGUCGUCUCCGACGCGGUGGUGCCUUCUUUGUUGCAAAAACACAAGGCGCUCCGUAUCGAUGAUUGUGUCGGCGAGGGUGUCGGUGGUUGUGUCGGUGGCGUUGACAAUUCGAUUCUAGAUUCGAAAACAUCAUGUGUACAAAGCUUUCAUGACAUGGAGGCCUUUGAUCAUACGGAGAAUUUUGCUAUUGCUGUAAAGGAGGAGAAUGUGGUAAAGGAAGAAAAGAGCAAUUUUACAAAUUCCCUACCAAAAGGUGUACAUGAUAUUCUUAAAGAUUGGAAAGAAGGGUUGCUGACACAAGAUGAAAUUCAACGAGUAUACAGUUGGAUUGAUAGUACAAUGCAUGCACGUGGUGGAAGUAGUCAAAUUCAACCAUGGCCUAAUGCAAAAGAUUGGAUUUUUUGGUUGCAUACUAAUUUUCGACAUCCUUCUCAUGUAGAAUUAGACACACAUGGUAAGGCAUGGGUUGGUAUUAGUACUAAAACUUUACGUAUGGCUAAUUCUAAAAAAGUUGUUAAUUCUCACACACUUCCAUUAGCUAGAGAUGUAAAAAUUGUAUUAAGUGAUGUGUUGACAUUUAUUCCAUUUAGGUUUAAAGGUUUUUCUUUGGUAGAAUCUCCAAAAUCAGGUACUAUAUGGCGCAUUGUUUGGAAUAGACAUGAUGAACCUUUGCCCGGGAAUCCAUUACUCCAAACAACAGGAUAAAACUAGGAUUUUUUUUUAAAAAUUACAAAAAAAUAAAUUUAUAGAAAUGCAAAUAUUAAAA